GAAUAGGGUAUUACACAGCGGACUGCACCACUUGAGCCUAAAAGGGGGUGUAUAAAGUAUAACACUACAUUGCAGAGCCAGAUGUUGUAAGUGUAAGCAUGUGGAGAGUAAUCACAGAGAGAUUGCUCACUCAGCUUCUGCACGGCUCGGGAAACUCACCAUUGUCUUUGGCUCCCGAGGAUUAAAACAGCAGGGAGAUAUUUCUCUCGUAAUGCUGUCACCCACAUUCCCCCCCCUUGUUGCCCUUUUCCUCCCCAGAGUUUCCCCCUCCGUCUCUGGGAAAGCAGCAGUUUAAGGGGGGAAAACAAGUGUGUGAAGCCAAGAAACAGGUCUGACCUCAGUUACUGGAACUAAGCAAGGUGCUGUUUUAAAGAGUCUCUAAAGUGUGGGUAGCCAAAGACAACAUGAAUGCCACUGAACCAGAUUCCAACUUCACCUCGACACUGUACACAGAAAAUGUCACUCUGUCCAGCCUGACGGCUACCACCGUCUCUCCCACCAGCCCACUGCCUCCCUCCAAUUCUUCAGACGUCCUCGACCCAGAAUUCACCAUCAUGGUGGUGCUGGGCUUAUCGCUGCUGCUGGCAGGGUUAGCCGCCUUCCUGGCAGUGUGCCGGCCUUCGGAACAGGACGGUGACUCUGAGGCGAGCUGCAGCCCUGGCGAGAGCUUGACCCGUGGGGGUAGUCGGUCCAGCGAGCCCCAGCUCAAGGUGUGGAAGAGGCUGGGUUCAUACCGCCGUUCAUUCAACAUCUCCUUCAGACGACUGCCCCAUCGUAGGCCGUACGAGCGUGAGAGUGCACACGCAUCCCAGCCUCCAGCCCUACAGACGCCGCGGCCAGAAACCAGCGCGGAGCCCUCCCUCACUAUGCCUUGUCUAUUCGACUAUGUCACGGAAAUCUGACUCGAGGACAGGCUGAGGGCGGACUGACUGCUUCCCAAAGCAAGUGAUACACUGUAUAUCUUCGGCUGGUGCUACGGACAUUAUUGAUAACUGUUUGUAGUUUGUUGUAACAUACUUUGAAUGUUUGGUGGGUGAAGUUUGCAAUAAAACAUGUGA